AUGAAAACAAAUAAUAUAAGAAACAUGAAAAUUCUGUAUCGCCAUAUCUUAAGUGAAGCUUCUAAAUUUGAAAACAUAAACUACAACGUCUACUUCACAAAUAAGGCCAAGGAAACCUUUAGGGAAUUUUUCAGUAGCAACAAUAAUAAUAGGAGUGAUGAAAAAUUGAAAGAAUUUGAAAAUAACUGUAAGGAAUACCUUAACAUGCUGAGAAGACAAACGAUAGUUCAUAACUUGUAUCACGUUGACAAACCAUUGGUGUCCAAAUGA